AUGCACUUUUCUCGGCGUCAUCCCAUUUUCCCAUCUCAUCCAGUGCAGAGUUUCGACUUCAUCGGCGGUAUCUCGCAUAAGUUGACUGAUAGUCAACCCUUGCGCAUCAUGUUUGCAUCCCAACUGGUUCGACCUCUACUGGCAUGGCUAGCUUUGGCAAGCAUCACCGCGGCUGCAUCCUCCAUCCCGUCACCUCCUUCAAGAACAUCGUCGGCAAGUGCGGCGACUCAUACGGUCAAGGUUGGAUACAAGUCGGACCCGCACCAAUUCUCUCCAGCCGAAGUCAAGGCCAAUGUCGGCGAUAUCAUCCUCUUCGAAUUCUAUCCGACGAAUCACUCUGUCGUGAAGGCGGAUUAUCUCGCGCCUUGUGUUCCGGCAAGUGACGGGCUCUUUGCGUCUGGUGCCUUCGAGGAGUUCUAUCUAGACGAUGACGGACAAGCUGUCGGACCGCCUCCAACUUGGUCCAUCAAAAUCAAUGACACAGAGACCUCAAGCCAGACUUGGAGAGCGCAAUACGCAAAGGCUCUCACAUAUCCCUACAUGUUAGUUCCAGGACAAUCUCCGCCCCCCGAAGGCGACGGCAAUGGUUCCAGCGGGGGCGGGGGUGACGACUCAUCUCAUGAAAGCCAAGGCAAAAGUAGCGGGCUGAGCAAGGGCGCGAUCGCCGGUAUCGCUGUUGCCGGUGUGGUGUUCGUAGCCAUACUUGUGGCACUGUUCUUCGUUCUCGGCCGCAACCGCGUCUAUAGGCAGUGGAUGUCAUCAGAGGAUGGUCGCACGGAGCGCACCGCACGGUGGGCAUUUUUCAACCAUGGUGAACCGAACAGCUACACCAAGAGUGAAGUUGGCAGUAACGCGCCGGCCCCGAUGAAAGCAGCACACUCCGAUAUUACCGCUGUCUCCAGCCCCGAUCCGACUGUGCGCACGUUUACACCAAGCAUGGAAAUCAACUCUGGGCUUAGUUCACCCUCUGCGCAGCAGGGCCACUGGAGCUGGAAUGACAAUCCUCAUCAAACUCGUUCCUCUGCGCCUAUUGUGCCGAUGGAACUGGAAGGUCAUCCUAUCGGAUGGGAAGUACCGGGCAGUACUCCACCACAUCGGUACUGA